AUGGCGGAGAGUGAAAUAUUUCUUUACGAUGUCUGUCGCACAGAGAAUAGAAACAGACAUUCCGAAACAACGAGAGGAGAAUGGACGAGCAGAAGAGAGUACAUCCUGUCGCUCCUUGGGUUCUCUGUUGGCCUUGGGUCUCUGUGGCGAUUCCCCUACCUUUGUAACAGGAAUGGCGGUGGUGCGUUUCUCAUUCCUUACUUUAUGGGAAUCAUCACUUGCUCUGUCCCGCUGUUUUUCCUGGAAAUCACCAUCAGUCAGUUCUCAAGCAGGAGUGCAGCACCUGUGUGGGUCCUCUGUCCUUUGUUUAAAGGCAACAAGAGUAAACAUAUUACUAUUAAAUACGGCACACUGAGGGUGUCCAGUGGAAUCGACAAAUUCGGGUCAGUCCAGGUUCAUCUCCUUCUCUGUAACCUUGCUUCCUGGGUUGUAGCGUUCCUCUGUCUCAUGAAAGGCAUCAGGUCUGUAGGAAAGGUGGUAUAUGUGACUGCGUUGUUGCCGUAUAUGCUGCUUACGGUGCUGCUCAUAAGGUCAUGUAUGAUGCCGGGAGCAGGAGAUGGGAUUGUAUACUUCUUCCGUACAGACUUUUCACGACUCGCGUCUGUUCAGGUGUGGUUGGAAGCGCUGCUCCAAGGUUUCUAUUCAACGGGCGUUACGUACGGCGGACUCAUCACCAUGAGCAGCUACAACAACUUCAACAACAGACCAUUGAAGUAA